AUGCGUUUCUUCUCCAAACUUCGAUCGCCACCCCAUCCUUCUCACAACAACAGCAGCGGUAGUAGGGACGACACCACUCCCACCUCUGCUAGAUUGUCUAGUCCAUCCUUCGACCCGUCCAUGGGCAAUACGGAUUCGUGCGUGCUGGCCGGAUCCGAAGCCCGCAAAAUCGGAGUCCUCCUAACGUUGGCUUCAUCCGACACGGAGGAUGCCAAGGAACGUUCCCGGCAACAACAACAAGCUAUACCGCCAACAAGCUCGGUAGCAAUGUCGUCAUCGUCUGUCGAGGAUCACGUACAUUGCACUGGACAUUCAAUACGAAGGAAUGCUCCGAAUGGUUCGUCACCGCCGGCGUUGCGAAAUUCGUGGACGAGCAACAACGCAGGCAGUCGCAGUCCCCGCCGCAGGCCGCGCUCCGACAGUACCGGCGUGGCGUCGUAUCCCGGUACCCAUGCGCGCAUGACCAGCAAUACCUCGGAACAAUCGGGGCGUCCCGACCAUUCGCCUUUGUUGCGACAGGAGUCGGCAUCCAUCGUCCGGCGAAACAAUUCAAUCCUACGCUCCUUUCGACGCAAGAGCGGUAAAGCCGUUCACAAAACAUCUCACGCCGUGCUAGGCUUUUGGAAAGCUUUUGAAUCCUUCCUCUUUCCGCAUAACGCCUUGCACGAUUUGGAGCGUUCCGCUGCCGUUCCUCAGCGAGUGCGCGGUGGUGUCAUGUUGGCAGACUGUACCACACCACAGGAACACUAUGCUCGAUUGCGGAAGAUGAUGGAGGCCAUUCAACCGCUGCAUGGUGCGGAAGGCUUGGCCGUUGUUGGAUUGGAAUACCGUGUGGUGUAUUGUGCGGAGCAUAAACCACCGCCUUUGUUCCCUGCUGGUGUCACCGAAAGUCCCGGGAGAAUUGAGGAACACGGAGAUUACAGGGAUGACGACAAUGACGAUCACGAUGAGCCAAUCCUGGAAAACGGGGUCGAGUUACCGGCCUUUCGUGGCCAUUUGCCGCCUGUGACGUCGACUCCUGAUUUGUUGGCGUCCGAACUUACCAGUUCCGUCCGGAGCAACGCUUCCGUCGGGUCCCUUUCCGAUUCGGUACUGGACAAUUUUCCGUUAGAUGUGCCCGUGCCGGUGGCCGACUCCAAACAUUGCCAUUUAUGUAUGCGUCGACUCUACCAUGUAGCCACCAAUACGGUCAUUGACGAAAGUAAUCGGCAAAAGUACAUUCCGGACGGCGACUUUUACGAUCGGGUGGCCCUUUGUUGCCAAGAAUACGCCCACGAUGUCAUGUGCGCGGAAGCUGGUCUCGAGUGGGUCACAAUUGAGGACGGCAGUGAACAGCGCGAAUCGAUCCGCGCCCUCGUCAAUACGACACAUCCCUUGAUACAUACCUCGGAAAAUGCGCACACGUGGUCGGGUCGACCAACUAUGUUGAUCGCCACGGGCCGUGGCAAAGUCCGUGCCGGAAUUUUUUCUCGACAGCAUCUCAUGUGUACGAGUCUGGAAUCGUCCACGGCAUUGCCAAUUGUGCGAGAAGCCGUGACGCGCCGUAUGAACGUGGUGAUGAUUGACCCCAAUGCGCACGGGGAUCGAUUCGGUUACGACGUUUUUCGCAAGUCGAUGAGUCGCCUUUUUGCGUACUGGGAAGGGACGGAGUCACCGUUAACAACGGCAACGGGUCCAAGUACCAGUCUGGAUGCCGCAUACCACUGCAACGAGUGCACGGGGGACGUCCCGUUAGAUAAUCAAGAUUUGUACAUUCUGUCCCAUUCCGCAUCCGGCGGACAACUCGCUCGCUUUUUGCUGGACAAGUCGGAAGCUUACCUACCGCACAUUCGUGCCAUUGCCUUUACCGAUUCGACACACAACAUCCAAUGGGCCAGAAAGGCUGCUCAAGACAAUGUGGUCGACUUACUGCAGGGUCCGGAGUGCGUUUAUUUCAAAUGUGCCAACGAGAAUCGGGACGGUAACAACUGGUACCUACACGCUACGGGAGAAGAGAUCCCGACCGACAGUUUUUGGAAACACCGUUUUGGAGACAUCAAAACGUACUGGGCCGGUACAAACGAGCAUUCGCUGACGAACUGGUACGCACACAAGAAAAUUUGGGAACACUUCGAUCGGUUCUUGCGCGACAAGUUGAUCUCAGGCGUUUUUCUGGGCGUACCAGCAAUUAUAGAAGAAGCAACGCCCUCACUAUCAGCUCUCGCAGAAAGUCACACCCAUGGAGAAGCUACGGAAGAGUCCUAACACGCGACAAUUUUGAAAUCAAAUUUGGUAGAAUAGUUACGACUACUCCAUCUAUUUCGGCGAAUGGAACGACUCGCUCCGUCGUCGUCGUCCGUGGCGUCCCGCAGCCCAAUUUUUCCGUACUCCAAACGUAAUUAUAGUUUUUGCAUCAUUUUGUUC